AUCUUAAAGAAGGACCGGAGGUAGUUGCUGUCACCACCUCCUUUUAAUAUCAUCUGAAAGCUAACGCAACAGCAAGCUCGCUUGGCAGCCAUAACUAAAUGUUGCCACUGUUGGCUAUAGCUAGCUAGCAAGUGCGAGCUAACACCUCUGACAGGCGGCGUUACGCUGUUCGGCUGUAGCUAACGAUAGCACAUGGUUUACUAAUCAUACUAACAACAUGCACGUGUCCUGCCUUUUCAUCUAUCAGAAACGCUAGCUACUAAAGUUAGUUACCAAGGACUGAAACUGUUUCAGUUGACUGUUGGAUUUAUGUGUAGCACAAUGGCCCCAUCUACUGUUGUAGUUUUGCAAAGUUAAAUCAAAUUGAAACAGCGAGAGAAGGCUGCUGUCUAUUCCCUGGAGCCCAAGCAUGAACAUUGCACGGCAAGUCCUGAAUCGCUCCAAGCUUAUUGCACAUCACUCGGCUAACGUGAACUGCAGGAGAAGGUUCUGCACUUCACAGCACAUGAUGAAGUCACGGCACACACACUCCAAGAGAAUCGAGGGACUGGACAAGAAUGUCUGGGUGGCAUUUACUUCGUUGGCAGCUGACCCAUCUGUUGUUAACCUGGGCCAAGGCUUUCCAGACAUCCCUCCACCUUCAUAUGUCAAGGAGGCUCUAGCGCAGGCUGCAUCAGUGGACCUGAUGAACCAGUACACCAGGGGCUUUGGCCAUCCGUCUUUGGUGAAGGCCCUUUCUCAGGUUUAUGGAAAGGUCUACGAAUGCCAGAUUGACCCCCUGAAAGAAAUCCUGGUCACAGUAGGAGGCUAUGGUUCCCUGUUCAGCACCAUGCAAGGACUGGUGGAUGAGGGAGAUGAGGUCAUCAUAAUAGAACCUUUCUUCGACUGCUAUUUACCGAUGGUGCGAAUGGCGGGGGCCAAGCCUGUGCUGAUACCGUUACGUCUCAAGUCUGGAAAGAAGACGAUCACAAGUGCCGACUGGUUUCUUGACCCGGAUGAGCUUUCCAGUAAAUUCAACUCUAAGACAAAGGCCAUUAUCAUCAACACCCCCAACAAUCCUAUCGGGAAGGUUUUCACCAGAGAUGAGCUGCAGAUGAUCGCUGACCUCUGUAUUAAACAUGACACUCUGUGCUUCAGUGAUGAGGUUUAUGAGUGGCUCAUCUACAGGGGACACCAACAUAUCAAAAUAGCCACUCUGCCUGGAAUGUGGGACAGAACGAUCACCAUCAGCAGUGCAGGGAAAACCUUUAGUGUAACCGGAUGGAAGCUCGGUUGGUCUAUAGGACCAGAGCACUUGAUACGGCAUCUUCAGACGGUCAUGCAGAAUACUCUGUACACCUGCCCGACACCUUUACAGGAGGCUGUGGCACAAGGCUUGAUGCGAAACUUUAAUCUGAUGGGUCAGCCGGAGUGCUACUUCUCCUCACUGGCAGAAGAACUGGAGGGCAAGAGGGACCGCAUGGCUGCCAUCCUGCAAGAGACCGGUAUGACUCCUGUGAUCCCGGAGGGAGGCUACUUCAUGGUGGUGGACGUCACGUCUCUCAACCAGGACCUCUCACACAUGGUCGAGGACGAAGCAUACGACUACAAGUUUGUGAAGUGGAUGAUUAAAGAAAAGAAACUGGCGGCCAUUCCAGUCACAGCGUUUGUUGGAGAAGAGUCCAAGAAGCAGUUUGAGAAGUACAUCCGUCUGUGCUUCAUUAAGCAAGACAGUACUCUCAUUGCAGCGGAGGCUAUCUUGAAGAACUGGAGGAAGACUUAGUUGGAUGCAGUGUGUGAGGACUUCAGGGAGGAGGAGCAUCUCUGGUGGAACUGAAGGAAUGGGAUUUUACUGUAAUAUUGCACACUAGAAGUUGGUAAAAUACCAAUAGUGAAACCGUUAAUAGCAAAAAGACGGUCCAUAUUUUAAAUGAUCCUACAAUCCUUGAAUGUUUGCGUAGGAGUUUAAUAUCAGACACACGUAUGUAAGCUAAGGACGGCUUCGACUGAACCUUUUUCCCCGUCUUUAUUUUCCAGUAACACAGGUCCUCAGUUAGACAGGGUUGUGAAAGCUGGUUGUGGCUAGGCGUUUAUUAACAGAAAGGUUUUAUAAUGUUAAGGUGUGUUGUAGUGCUGGGCGGUAUACCGGUUCUUCCGGGGCGACAAUACUUCAGCCAAACUGCUAUCCCAACAUUACAGGAACAGACGACCACACCCUCUAGUAAGCAAAGCCUUUAUACAUGAUGACAUUAACAUGUUUUUAUAUUCUAUGUACUCCUGACAGAGUAAG